AUGCGCUUAUACACUCUUGAAUAUGAAGCUCUCCCAUCUCAUAAAAUGGGGUUUCUGGUUGUGUUUUCUCCUAGAACAGCUAUGGUAAUAAAAGAGAAAACAAAAAAGAACUAUAGCCCAUCGGUGGGGCUCAACAUGUCAUUUGCCAGUGAACCAGACUUUAUCUGCUCAGAUAAAACUACACAAGCUAUUUUUGAGGCUGCUGAUGAUCAGACCCAAUACAAGAAGACAAAUUCACACACAGCUCACUUAUCGGCACCUGAUCAAGAGAAACACUAUGUGCUGAAGACAAAAACCAAAGUGAGAGAAAGAGCCUACACAGUCCAGCCAAAAACAGAGUUUGAGAGCUUCCUCCCAAAGGAGAAACAAACAAAAGAGGAAGCAGACAAGAACUUGGAAUAUCACCUGGGUAUCACCUUCCAGCCAGUUGAGGAUGUUUUGGAUGAGAAACCUCAGAAAAAUGAUGCAACGGUUACAGGUCAGAUACUUUUCGCUGUGGCAAGUCUAAGGGAUGCAGACAAAAACAGUAUCCAGGCAGCGGCAGCAAUGCUGAACUCAGUCUUGAAGAAAGAGAGGAACAAACUGAGAGGAAAGGUGCCAGAGAUCAUUGAUAUUAUUUAUUUCCACAUGCGGGCAAUCCAGGAACCUAGUGCAAGAGAAGCCGCAAUAGGGGCUGUUUGUCUUCUGGCUGAAAGACACACAGAGGAAGCCAUCACAAGCCUUUUGAGACUUUCACUGCUUUGUGACAGGCAUAUUACUCAAAUUUGGGAAGGCCUGGGCCAAGCUAAGCAGCCUGUCAGACUCCAGGUUCUGGCAAAGCUUCUUGAAGUGCUCAAAAGAAGACCUGGCCUCAGCAGUGAACUCCCAGAGUCAGACCCAACAUCAAAGGAAAAUUCUCCCCUUCUGCCUCUAGCAGCAACAAAGGCCCUGUGUAUAAUAUUUAGGGAUAAAAAGUGCAAAGUGCCUAUGAACAGCUUUUAUGUGUCUGUCAUCAUCUUCCUGGUUAUUCAGCUGCAUUAUCUGAUGGACUGUUCAGAUAUUGACUAUGGACAGGAGGAAAUACUCCAAUCAUCAAGCUAUAUAAGCUGUACCAUGGAAGCUUUAAAAGCCUUAGUCAAAAGGGAGACGACUUCUCGGGCAUGUUUUGCAAGUCUAACUGGAAGCUGGGACCUCCUGUCUUCACCAGAGAAUUAUCUCGAAGGUGUUCUCCUUUUGGCCAGAGCCCUUGUCAAACAUCACCGUGGGCUUGACUAUGCUGUAUUUACCAAGGUGAUUCCACUUCUCCAUCACGGGGAUGACAAACAGAAGCUGACAGCAAUGGCCUUUUUCACAGCACUUCUGUCUUCUGAGUCCACCUACACAGUGCUUCAAAAACAUUACAUUUUGGGGCUCUUAAAGAACUGGCUGGCUGAUUCGAGUGCAACUUACCGCUGGCUCAGUCUCCAUGGAAUGGGCAAUGUGGCUCAUCAUCUACAAAAUAAGAAAGAACUUACUGCCCUAAUCCUCAAUAUCCUCCCAAGUUUUGAUGACUCUGAUGAGAAGGUGGCCUCGACAGCUAUGGAGGUCAUAACGAAAGUCAUGGUGCAACAGAAGAUCAAUGUCAACCUAUAUGUGAAAAUUACCAAGCAGCUUCAGCCAUUCCUGGCCGAUGGGAGGUACAAAGUAAGCUGUGCUGCAAAUAGAUUGUUUCAAGACAUACUUAAAAACAUAGAUGCAAAAGACAAGUAUGCUAUGCAAGACCAGGUUCUCACCGCUAUUGUUACACUGAUGGUGAAUCUGCAAGAACUAAAUCUGGAUGGAGGCAAGAGUCGUAUGGACAGCUUGCAGGAAUGCAAAGUCUUUCUGGGAUGGACAACAAAUGACAACGAAGACUCUUGGGACAUGAUUUGCAAGCAGCUCGUUAAGGAGCACCCAGGAAAAUUGAGAAGGUUUCUGAACCAGGCACAAGACUAUCGUCAAAGUCCUCAGAAGUCUUCAAGAUCUGCAGCCACCAUUUUUAUAGAUUCCAUCUUGCACCACAUAGAAUCGAGUCCUAUGCAAAAAACUGAAGUUGACUUUCUGAAACAAGCUUUUAGCUCUUUUCCAUCAGAGAAACAGUGCCCUGUUGUUUUGGAACCAGAAAAAGUAUGCAGGUUUUGCCCAGACCUGUUCAGAUGUUCCCGCUAUUUCCCAAGAUCCUGUAUUUGAUGCCUGUAUUUGAAGCUAAUAUCCUCCUGAAUAAAGAGCACUGUAU